AAAACAAAGCUAUUGAUAUUGAAAUGCUCUAGAAAAGGAACUGUAUUUCGCGCGCAAUUGCGCCAGUGAACAGUGAACUUGAGAGCUAUAGCGCAUUAUAAAAGUUUAACUUACAAAGUUUAACGUUUAAAUCUAAACGAUUGUUUUAUAGAAUAUUCCUUUUGGAGUUUAUUUAAAAUAUCUUACAAUGUUUUCGAAAGCAAAGAGAUUUGAUGUAGCGGCCCCAGUUAAAAGCCAAUCCAAAAUUCAAAACAAAAAAGAACCGGAGAAAAAUUGUACCAAAGUUUUACCAAAAAUAAAAAUUCCGACGAGUUCCAAUGAAAAUUUGGAGACACAGUCGCAAUGCGGCUCAGUACAUAGUUCAAAAUCAUUUAAAACGCCAAGACCUGUUAAAACUGUACCUCCUACUAAAGCUACCAGCAGCCUGAAGAAGCCCCUAUCACUUCCAAAAUGUAAUCUAAAAAAAGAUAUGAACAUCAGAGAUGAUCUCCUCAAGUCUCAUGAAGUUGAAAUUAGAAAUAAAGAUUAUACCAUCAAGGAACACAAUAAACAAAUCGAGGAACUGAAGUCUGAGAUAGCCAAGUUACAAAAAAUGUUGAAAACAGUGAACGGCAGCGAAAUUGAGAAGUUACAUAAUAAUUUCAGUAAAAUUGAUCUGAAAGAUAAAGCUGACACUGAAAAUGACCGUGAGAAGGAUGGCUCGACUGUAACUAUUAAUAAUCUAAAGCAUCAGAUCAGUGUUCUAGAGAAGGAGUGUGAGAAACUGGAACAAGAAGUUAGUAGCAAGCAAGUUGAACUAUCCUCACUCGAAGAAAUCAUCACUAUUAGAGACAGCUUGUGUACAGAUUUACAGAAGAAGCUUACAGAUGUGGAAUCAUGUCUGGAUGAGACCCGACACAGACUCGAAAUGGUCAAAGGUCAUCACGCUCUGGCCCUCGAAGCCAACGAAAGCAUCAGACGCGAGUACAAGGUCGAGUUAGAGACACUCAAAACAAAACUGGAAGAAGAAAAACAGUCCAUCAUCAAUAAAUCGAAAGUUGAGCAAGAGAACCUGAAACAGAAGUACAGUGAUGUUAUUGAAGCUAUUAAAUACCAAAUCGCCACCAAAGACGAACGAAUACAUGAAUUGGAAAGCGACAUCAUUAAAAAGGAGCAAGAGAUGAAAGCUAAGUUAGAACAGGUCGAUGAAGCGACUCGCGAGAAACUGAGGCUGUGCGAGAUCCAGUACGAGGAACGGACCAGACAUCUCCAGGAACAUCUCGCGCAUCAGCAGGCGGAAAUGAAACGGCUAGAAAACGAAAUCAAAGAGUUGAGGUACGCCAUCACUGUAGGCGAGGAAAAAAAUAAAUCUUUACAGAGAGAUAUUCUCAGCAUCCAAAACGAAAAGGAUGCCGGUGAUGCUGAGAAGAAAAACUUACAACAGGAACUAGAAGAUCUGAAAGAAGAGAAGAAGAAGAAACAAACCCACCAUGAAAAUGAGAUAAAGAGACUGACCGUGGAAGCAGACAAAGCCGUCAAAGAUAAAAAUAAAUUUGAAAUGUCUCUGUCGGUCACAAGGGAUAUAGUACAGGUCUUGACGAUGCGGCUCAGGGAGUCGGACAAGGAGCUGGAGCAUCUAGAGAAUCAGGUCCAAUCCUUGACGAACUCCAAAGAACUGCUCGAAUCGGAAGUGGAAACUUUCAAGAACACUCUCAACAACACCGUGCUGGAGUGUAACGAGUACAAAGAGGCUCUCGUCAACAUACUCAAGUCGAAAGCAGCUCUGGCCAAAGAACACAACAGGAUCAUGGAACACAACGUCUCCCUCAUCGAGAGCCUGCAGAAUGUGGAGAAGGAGGCCUACCGUGAACUGGGUUCCAUUAAGAGCGAGCUCAUCGAGGACGUGGAGCUGCUGAAGAAGGAAUCCAACUCGCAGAUCCAACAGCUCAAAGACGAGGUGGAAAACAAGCGCGUGUUGUGCGAGUUGGCCACGGAGCAGGCAGGCCAGGCCGCGGCCGCGGCGGAGAGGUCCCGGGGACUCCUGGCGCGGGCCGCCCACGAGAUAGAGAGGCUGGAGGACGAGAACGCGCGGCUACAGAGACAGAUCCAAGACCAACAGUCCCUGGUGGUGGAGCUGUCUCUCCUGCGCCAGGAGAACGAGGAGCUGACGCUGUCCCUGGCCAAGCAGAGCUCCAUCAUAGACAAGAUGAAGAAGGAGUCGGCCGCUCCCGGCCAGCCCCGCUCCCCGUCCGUCAUGAGGAAGACUCUCAAGCUGGGCAAGGAGAACCUCCAGGCUGCGGUGUCUCCUCUGAGAGAGAGGAACCACUGACUCUCCCCCGCGUCGUCAGACUAAUAGAUUAUGUUGAUGUUUGGAUUGUAAGUUUUUAUUUGAAGGUUUUAAUUUAUUCUGUCGUUGGGAUCGCCUUAGUCAUUACCAUGUUGUAUUUUAAUUUAUUGUACACUUUAUUUGGUCGCUUACAUUUUAAAUAUAACUAACCAAAGCUUUA